CCGCCGCCAUUUGCUCUCUUCCCGUUCGUUUCAACGCCGGUACAUCACUAAUAUUGAGCGAUUCAACAAUGGCAGAAGGGGAGCCCCAGGUCCAGUUUAAGUUGGUGUUGGUGGGUGAUGGUGGCACAGGGAAGACCACCUUUGUGAAGAGACACUUAACAGGAGAGUUUGAGAAGAAAUAUGUUGCCACUCUGGGCGUGGAGGUACAUCCCCUGGUCUUCCACACCAACAGAGGCGCUAUCAAGUUCAAUGUGUGGGACACAGCCGGGCAGGAGAAAUUUGGGGGGCUAAGAGAUGGCUACUACAUACAAGCCCAGUGUGCGAUCAUCAUGUUCGACGUGACCUCGAGGGUCACCUACAAGAACGUGCCAAACUGGCACCGUGACCUGGUGCGCGUGUGCGAGAACAUUCCCAUCGUGCUCUGCGGCAACAAGGUGGACAUCAAGGACAGGAAAGUCAAGGCCAAGAGCAUUGUUUUCCACCGCAAGAAGAACCUGCAGUACUACGACAUCUCUGCGAAGAGCAACUACAACUUUGAGAAGCCUUUCCUGUGGUUGGCACGGAAACUGAUAGGAGACCCCAACCUGGAGUUUGUUGCCAUGCCUGCCCUCGCUCCCCCGGAGGUUGCCAUGGACCCCUCCCUUGCUGCUCAGUAUGAGCAUGACCUCAAAGUGGCAUCAGAAACAGCGCUCCCAGAUGAAGAUGAUGACCUCUAACCUGUGACCUUAUGACCUUUCUGGAUGGAGAGAGAGGUCCUCAGGUUGAGGUGUCUGUGGUUGACCUUUAACCUUUUACUGUAAAAUCCCAUUGCAGAUUAUUUUUAUUUUUAAACUGUUUUUUUUUUUGUUUGUUUUUGUGUUUCAACCUGAAAAUGUCAUGUUCUCACAUUUCACUGUAGACAUACAUCCACCAGAUACAGUGGACAUGCGCACAGUACAGAACAAGAGUCUCUAUCAUACAACUUGGACACAGUAU